AUGGAGGAACUGGCGCGGGAGAGCAUCAGCCUGCUGGCCCGGUCUGCGUCUCACGCGGAUCCUCCGCGGCUCGGCUCGUUCGGCGCGGUGUUCAUCAUGCUGAAGUCUGCGCUGGGAGCCGGACUCCUCAACUUCCCCUGGGCUUUCCAGAAGGCGGGGGGAGUGAAUACAGCCGUCGCUGUGGAGAUGGUAUCCCUGGUAUUCCUCAUCAGUGGUCUGGUCAUCCUUGGCUAUGCCUCGUCUGUCAGCAGACAGAAAACCUAUCAGGAUGUCGUGAGCGAGGUGUGUGGACGAGCCGUGGGUCAACUCUGCGAGAUUUGUUUCUGCUUCAACCUCUUCAUGAUAUGUGUUGCCUUCCUGGUGGUGGUGCAGGACCAGCUGGAGAAAUUGUGUAUUUCUUUGUAUGAGACGGUGACUGGGUCGAGUGAGGGAGAAAUACCGUAUCACUGGUACACUGACCAACGAUUUGCCCUCUUCGUCAUGUGCCUCGUCAUCAUCCUACCACUGUCCAUCCCAAAAGAGAUCGGCAUCCAGAAGUACACGAGUGUGCUGGGGACGCUGGCUGCUACGUAUCUGUGUGUAGCAGUGAUUGUCAAAUAUUACCUGAUGGAGAGCCACACAGUGAUAAUAACUCCAGAGCACAGCCAAGGUGUAAGUUCAUGGGCAUCGAUGUUUAGUGUCGUGCCAACCAUCUGCUUUGGCUUCCAGUGCCAUGAAGCUUGUAUAGCAAUCUAUAGCAGCAUGGAGAACCAGAAGCUCUCCCACUGGGUGCUCAUCUCUGUUGUCUCCAUGUUCUUCUGUUUGCUCAUCUACACUCUGACCGGUGUGUAUGGCUUCAUGACGUUUGGACGAGCUGUCGCCUCAGAUAUCUUGAUGUCGUAUCCAGGAAAUGACGUGGUCAUGAUCAUUUCCAGACUCCUUUUUGGAAUAUCGAUUAUCACCAUCUAUCCUAUAAUUCUACUCCUGGGGAGAUCGGUCAUCCUGAACCUGAUGUUACGAAUUCAAAGGCGUCGCCGGGGAAUCGUCACUCAUUCGUUUGAGAGUCGCUGCAGAGUCGUUCUCACUGUGAUCUGGAUCACCAUCACUCUUCUCAUCGCCAUGUACGUCCCUGACAUGGGCGAGGUGAUCGGUGUCAUCGGAGGAAUCAGCGCCUUCUUCAUCUUUAUCUUUCCUGGUCUUUGCUUGGUGUUCAUAAUGCAAACAGAAACUGUGACUCCAAGAAUCAGGGUGAUUUUAACAGUUUGGGGAGUCAUAACCAUUGUAGUUGGAGCCUUCAUCUUUGGACAGAGUACAACCAUCGCUAUCAUGGAGCUUUUUUACAAAUUCUGAAUUUCACCACCAUUAUCACCACUAUCUGGAGCAGCUGCUUCAC